CAUUCGGCCUAUGCCGUGCGUGUGUUCCAAGCGAAAGUGCGCAGCUUGCAGACACAGGUACAAUUUCCAGUUCCAUUUCCAUUUACAGUGGCUGGCAGGCCUGUGCGACUGACUUGCUUACGGCGUUAACGCCUACAAAUACAAGCGAGCGUCUGUCGUCACCAAAAUGGCUCCGCAUCCCACCUCGCCUGCAGAAAACAAGCACAACAACCAAGCUUGACCUUGACAGGCUUGAUUCUCCCCGCCAUUACUUAGCCUCAUCUGCUACGCCUACCCUCCAUCUCGUCACCACAUCACAACCAGCUCUCUUCCCCGUCUUCUCCCCUCUCCCUCCUUUUCUCAAACCACCUCCAUAUUCUCCUCUGCACGCCAGCCACAAGAGCCUCCACCAUGGCGACCUCGAAAUCCGACAAGAUCGAAAAGAUCAUCACCCGCCUGCAGUCGCGCAUCGGGGAGGGGUCCUACUACGAGGCCCAGCAGCAGUGCCGGGUCGUCGCCGCCCGGUACACCAAGGCCGCCAACUGGGACGCCGCCAUCGACAUCCUGUACAACGUCGCCCAGUCGCUGCUCAAGGCCGGCCAGGGGGGCAGCGGAGGCGACCUCUGCGUCCUGCUGGUCGACACGUACAAGCAGGCGGAGCUCAAGCCCGACGCGAGCAACAAGGGCAAGCUGCUGACGUGCCUCCGGUUGUUUGAGGCCGGGGAGCCGACGAGGAAGAAGUUUGUCGGCGAGAUGAUUGGUUGGUCUUCCAAGUUUGGCGAAUUUCCUGCGGGCGACCCCGAGCUUCAUCAUGUGGCUGGCUCGCUCUACGCCGAAGAGCACGAGACGUCCGACGCAGAGCGACACCUGGUACUAGGCACAAAAGACUCGGCCGAAGUAUUGGCAAAAAUGGAAUAUGAGUGGUUCAAGGAGGACGAUGCGCACACUGCAGCUCUCUAUGCCAGCCGAGCUAUUCUACCCUAUCUAUUGACCGCCAACGUCCGAGCGGCCAACACAGCCUACCGGUACUUCACGAGCUCUCUCAACCAGGACAAGGGCAGUGCUAUCGGCGUGCAGGACGUCAGCAGCAACAGCGCCGACAUCAGAAUCUUCCCCAGCAUUCCCCUUCUCAAUUUCCUCGGCCUUCUCCUGCUUGCGGUACAACGGGGCAGCGCCGACUUAUACAAGCAGUUGACUACCAAGUAUGCUUCGCACAUCAAGGAGGUUGAGAUAUGGCAUGAGCCGCUGGAAAUGAUCGCAGAGAUGUAUUUCGGCAUCCAGAGACCGAGACAGAGCAACCCGCUCAUGGACAUGAUGAGCGGACUGCUGGGUGGAGGUGGCGGCGGUGCUGCUGCGGCUGGUUCGAGAAGACCGGCUGUCAAGGCGCCCACUCCCCUGCCUACCGCAGAAGGUCUGGACUAACUUGGGCUCUGUCCUUUGCGGAGUCUCUGAUAGCAAGCAAGUACUAUACCCUGAAUAUGAGUAAAUAGGCGUGAACAAUAGAGGAUACCAUGCAUGUCCUGUAUUUUGUUCAUUGCGGCCGCGGCUGGUCUUCUGGCUCGUACAUCCAAUUGUCGUCAGCAAGGGCUGUGACCU